AUGGGUCGCGAAUUACAGAAGAGGAAGAACCGCUCAAGUGUGAGCAAAGUCAAACAUAAGCCUAAGUCUAAGAAACGUCUGUUGGCUCAUCCCGUCAUCGCCGCCAAUUGGGACAAGACGCAAACCCUUGCGCAGAACUACAAGCGACUAGGCUUGACGGCGAGGCUGAACAAGAACACUGGUGGUAUCGAGAAGAAAGUGUCGGACAUCCAGUCUGUAGAAACCGGCGACAGAUACAGCCUUCGUGACGCGCUCAACAUCACCAGCUCUUCCAAGCGUAAUCAAAAGAUUGAUUUAUCAGAGGCAAAGAUCGAGCGAGACCCCGAGACCGGCAAAAUUUUGCGCGUGCUCGAUGGCGAGGCACCAAAAGCAAAUCCGCUCAACGAUCCUUUGAACGAUCUCGACUCAGAUUCCGAGGAUGAUACGGGAAUUUUCAGUCUGCAAAAUCAACAUGAGGCCGUGAUGAAGAAGCCGAGCUCGACUUCCAAAUCCGCGGUCACGGACACCGUCAGACAACUUGAAGAGGAGGCGAGCAGACCUGUGACAAAAUACAAGCGCAAACAGCCUGAUGGAGAACGCGAAUUCAUCGAGGCCCUCGUAGAGAAAUAUGGAGAUGACACUGGUAAGAUGGCGCGCGACAUCAAGAUCAACUACAUGCAGAGAAGUGAGGGAGACCUCAAGAAGCGCAUCAAGAGGUGGCGCGAAAACGGUGGCUCAAUAGAAUGA